AUCUUUCUCAAGAUUUUUUCUGUCUUCAUGAGGAGAAAUCAGGAGAAAGGACAGGGACUGGAUGUCUGACAAAUUAUUCUCCAUGAACACUGGUUUCGAUGGCUUUUGCCUAAUGCCAGGAUGUUUGUGAUGGUUUAGGAUCCGGUGACCCUUGAGGAUGUGGCUGUGGAAUUCACCCAGGAGGAGUGGACUUCCGUGGAUCCAACUCAGAGAAACCUGUACAGAGAGGAGAUGCUGGAGAACCACAUGAAUCUGGUCACAUUAGAUUUUAUAUUUUUGAGUAAUCUAUACACACAGCAUGGCACUCGAACUCGACCCUGAGAUCAAGAGUCACCUGCUCUUCUGACGGCGCCAGCCGGGCCCUAAAGUAUUCCAUCGUCUGCUUGCUCAGAACCCUGUCUGGUGAGGAGGGAGACCCCCAGGAGGAAGAAUGGCUGCAGGACUGCUGACAGCCUGGUCACAGGAUUCAGUGACCUUUGAGGAAGUGGCAGUGGACUUCUCCCAGGAGGAGUGGGCACUGCUGGACCCUACUCAGAAGAUCCUGUACAGAGACGUGAUGCUGGAGAACUACAGGAACCUGGCUUCUGUGGCAGGGUGCCCCCUCUGCAAGCACAGUCUGAUCACUGAGGUGGAGCAGGAAGCACUGAGGCCAGAGGAGAGAGGGGUGCUCCAAGAGUGGGAUAUUCAACUGAAAUCCAAAGAUGCAUUUCCUGUACAGAAUGUUCCUGGAGAAAAAACUUGCCGUGACACAAAGACGCAGGCACCAACUCAGCCCAGCAAGAAACCCUUGGAAUUUGAUGGUUGUGGAAAAUUCUUCAGAAAGAACUGUCACUUUCUGUGUACAAGACAUGGCGAGGGAGAGAAAUGCCACAAAUACAAAGAUAGUUGGAAGGACCUUGGCCACUCCUCAGUUCUUAGAAGUCAUGUGUGUACUCACGGUGGAGAGAAGACCCUUGGGUUUACUGAUUGUGGCAAAGCAUUCAAUCAAGAGUCCUCCCUUAGGGAACACUUAAGGACUGUCACAGGAGAGAGGCCUCGUGAGUGUAACCAGUGUCUUCUGUCCCUCAGUGAACAUUCUUCCUUUCCAGUGCACGAGCAGAUACCUACUGGAGAGAAACUCUGUGAAUGCAGUGACUAUGGAGAGAGAACUUCCCGUAGUACCCACCAAAAACGGUGUGCUGUGGAGGAAAGCUCAGAAUGUAAUGAGCAUGGGAAAGUGUUCGCCGGCCCCUUGUCCCUUCGGAAAUGUGGGAGACCUCACACCAGAGAGAAGCCUUAUAAAUGUGGUGACUGUGGGAAAGCCUUCAUUUUUCAGUCUUCCCUUAAAAAACACGUGCGGUCUCACACUGGAGAGAGGCCCUACGAGUGCAGCCACUGCGGAAAGUCGUUCAGCCAGAGCUCUCAUCUUAACGUGCACAGAAGGACCCACACGGGCGAGAAACCGUACGACUGUAAGGAGUGUGGCAAGGCUUUCACGGUUCCCUCGUCCCUUCAGAAGCACAUGCGAACCCACACUGGGGAGAAACCCUACGAAUGCAGCGACUGUGGGAAAGCCUUCAUUGAUCAGUCAUCCCUUAAGAAACAUACACGAUCUCACACUGGAGAGAAGCCCUACGAGUGUAACCACUGCGGAAAGUCCUUCAGCACUGGCUCUUACCUCAUCGUGCACAAGAGGACUCACACCGGAGAGAAAACCUACGCGUGUAAAGAAUGUGGGAAGGCCUUUAGGAACCCCUCUUGCCUGAGGGUGCACGUGAGAACUCACACAGGGGAGAAGCCCUAUCGGUGUGGUCAGUGCGGAAAGGCCUUCAGCACCAGCACAAACCUUACAGUGCACAAGCGAGUACACACUGGGCCGGAAGUAUGAGUGAAACAACCACGGGAAAGCCUCUCCUGACCCUUGACACCUCAUUCCUUAUUGUAGGGCUCACACUGGAGAGCAGCCCUGUUGGGACCAAUGUAGGAAGCCUUCAGGCACAAUUCCUGACUUCUGCUCUACUGGGACCAAUCUUACAAAUGUUACGGGUCUGUGAUUGUCUUUCUCAGUGAGUGCUUCAUCCUGAAAGAGCAACGCCAUGUUAACUGUUGAGUGGUCAAGGUUACAGGGUGCUCUAAAAUCCCCUUAAUCAUCGUCACAAAAGUGUUGAUAAAAUAAUGUUUUCACUGUAAUUUACUACUAAAUGUUUUCCAGUUCUCAAGUCGUGCACCUGUAGUUUAUUUAGAAAUGUAUUUUUAAUGUGCAGACUCCAUGCAUAUGUUAUUUUUUAUAGAUUUCUAAUUUAAUUGCAUUAUACACAAACUGCAUGGUCUCCAUGAUACAGAUUCUGUAUGACAUAGAUCCAAGUAGAAAAUUGUUGGAGACUUUCUGUGUGGGCUGAUGUGUCACAUACAAUGAGUUGCUAUCCCCAGGUCUAUUCUACCCUUCCUUUCCUAAAGUAACAAAACUAUAUAAUUGUAUUCAAGUUGGCAGUGUGGACAGCCAACUCUUUGCUGCUAUUUCUGCCCAUGAGCCCGUAAUUCUGGCCAGUGAGAAAUGGAGAGAGGUCACUGCUUGCGGGUUCUAGAGAAGCCCAUGGAAAUGGGAAUGUCUCAUCUGGAAUUUUCUCUUUACCAUUUGCCCUUUGUUCUAUCUCUUCUUCUUUCCUAGAAAAUAGACCAAGAGGAUGAUGGAGGCUACUGGUGAUACAACAGGGAUAUAUAGAGUAUUAUUUGGCUGUACUAACCCUGAUUUGCCUAUUUCUGGACUUUUGGUAACACAGGAAAAAAUAAAUUCUUAAUUGGUUUAAACCACUCUGGAGGGAAGAUUCUAUUAAAAUUGAUUUCAGUUAACACA